GGCAGGCGGCGGUGUUCCAGGCUUCCUCGUUUGGCUUAGCUGAGGGUGUCGGCCUCCCGCCACUCCCGCUCCAGAUGAAGUGUGAGCACUGCACACGGAAGGAAUGUAGUAAGAAAUCAAAAACUGAUGACCAGGAGAAUGUGUCCACUGAUUCAUCAAGUCCAGCCCAAGAGAAGGAAGAGGCAAGUAAACAUUUGAGUUUGUGUCGACCUAAUGUGAGGCCGUACUGUACAGCAAAAUUCGAUCUCCAAACAACAGAAACGUCCAUGUCCCUCUGUCCUGCAGGGGUGCACUAUGUAUUUGACACCACAAUCGCGGCAGAUUUUAGCAUCCUGGAGACUCAGAAGGAAUUUGUACGCCGGUAUCACCGACACAGUGAGGAGCAGCGUGAACUACCCAUGUUGACCUCUGCCUGUCCUGGUUGGGUCAGAUAUGCUGAGCGGGUAUUGGGCCCCCCAGUCAUCCCACAUCUCUGCACUGCCAAGUCCCCCCAGCAGGUCAUGGGCUCCUUGGUGAAGGAUUACUUUGCUAGAAAGCAGAAUCUGUCUCCAGAGAAAAUUUUCCAUGUUGUCGUGGCUCCUUGCUACGAUAAGAAGCUGGAAGCUCUUCGGGAGGGACUUUCCACCACUCUGAAUGGUGCCAGGGGCACUGACUGUGUGCUGACAUCAGGUGAAAUUGCUCAGAUAAUGGAGCAAAGCGACCUCUCUGUGAAGGACACUGCUGUGGAUACUUUGUUUGGAGACGUGAAGGAGGCAGCAGUACGGCGUCACGAUGGAGUGAGCUCAGAUGGGCAUCUGGCCCACGUCUUCAGACAUGCGGCCAGGGAGUUGUUUGGCGAGCACGUGGAGGAGAUCACCUACCGUGCACUAAGAAACAAAGACUUCCACGAGGUCACCCUUGAGAAGAAUGGGGAGGUCUUACUGCGCUUUGCUGCGGCCUACGGCUUUCGCAACAUCCAGAACAUGAUCCUGAAGCUCAGGAAGGGCAAAUUCCCAUAUCACUUCGUGGAGGUCCUCGCAUGUCCCAGAGGAUGCUUAAAUGGCAGAGGCCAAGCCCAGACAGAGGAUGGCCACACAGACCGUGCACUGCUGCAGCAAAUGGAAGGGAUCUACUCCGGCAUCCCCGUGCGGCCCCCAGAGAGCAGUGCGCAUGUGCAGGAGUUGUACCAGGAGUGGCUGGAGGGUACCGAGUCCCCCAAAGUCCAGGAGGUGCUGCACACCACAUACCAGAGCUUGGAGCCCCGCACAGACGGCUUGGAUAUCAAGUGGUGACAGAGCGGGAGGGCAGGAGGGGGCAGCGCCGAGUGGAGAGUGGUGGAUGUUUCACGAACAAUGCUCAGCAGCAUGCAGCUUCACGUGGUGCUACCUCUGUAGUGUGUGAGGGAGUGGAAUAUUUUCCUUUUAACCCAAGAUUGUGAGAAAGACCCCAAAGAUGAGGCCAGGGACACGCCCCUGUCUUUCAGGGGUCUUGUUUGUUUGUUUGUUUUGUUUUGUUUUUUAAAGAAUCCAAAAUGUA